AGUACUACCCAUGUGUAAUGCGCACCUUUAUUUUCCCCUCACAAAUUUGGGCAAAAAAGUGCGCACUACACACUGCAAAAUACGGUAUUUAACAAUUUAUGUGCCAGACACAUAAUCUUCAUAAAAACUUUGUUAUCUAGAUACCACUAGCUUACUCUUACAAUCCAGGAGUGAGGCAUCACUUCCAAAGGCACAGCCGCUUUUCCAUCCCAAGCUACCAAGAGAAGAGCUCCUGUUCUCCCGCCUCCCAGUGCCGCGUCCUCCCUCUGCGCAUGUGCACCCCGCCUCCUUCUCCCGGCUUGUCCUUCACCAGCCUCCAGCUCCUGGGAGGAAACAAUCCCUGGCAAAGGAGUUGCGGAACCUAAAUUGGUAAUAAAUCAAAAAGAAGCAAAUACACUCUGUGAAAAGUUAUCAAGUCUAAGCUCAACAUAUAUUGGAGCCACACAUGGACAUCACUCCUUCCUCCACUAAGAGCGGAAAAUGAACAAAACUCAGAAAAAGAAUACACCAUUAAAGGAACCAGUGUCAUUCAAAGAUGUGUGUGUGGACUUCACCCAGGAAGAAUGGUAUCUGCUUGAUCCUGCUCAGAAGAUACUACACAGAGAUGUAAUGCUGGAAAAUUACAGCCACCUUGUUGCAAUAGGAUAUUGUAUUACUAAGCCAGACGUGAUCAUCAAGAUAGAACAAGGAGAAGAGCCCUGGAUAUUAGAGCAAGGAUUCCCAAACCAGUGCUGCUUGGAAGACUGGAAAGUUGAUAACCUGAUAGAAAGCAGCCAGAAAAAUCAAGAUGAACAUUUUUGUCAACUUGCUUUCACCACCAACAAAACAUUAAGUAUAGAUGGUGGUGACAGAGUAAAGAAAACUUUCAGUCUGGGUGCAGACUGUGUUCCUUCAAGAAAUUUUCCAUAUAAGAUAUGUGAUUCAUGUGAAAUGAGUUUGAAGACUAUGUCAGGCUUAAUUAUUAAUAAAAACUAUUGUGGAAAGAAGCCUGAUGAAUAUAAUGUAUAUGAGAAAUUGCUUCUUGAUAUUAGGUAUGAGAAAACUCUUACUGGAGGGAAAUCUUAUAAUCAAAAAACAAAUAUCCUCAGUCAUAGCCAAGAUCUCACUCAGCUAAUUUUUGACCAGCCUUUUAAAUAUAAUGAAAAUGGACAGGGCUUCCAUGAGGAGGCAGCCUUUUUCACAAACAAGAGAGCUCAGAUAGGGGAGACACUCUGUAAUUAUAAUGAAUGUCAGAGAACCUUCAUCCAAAGUUUAAAGCUCAAUUUAUCUCAGAGAACUCAUUUGGAAAUGGAGCCAUAUGAAUGUAGUAUUUGUGGGAAGUCCUUCUAUAUGGAUUUAAGAUUGGGACACCAGAGUGCUCUGACAGGGCAGAAUCCUUAUGACUAUAAUGAAUAUGGGCAAAUUUUCUGUGACAGUUCAAGUUUGAUUAUCCAUGAAGGAACUUAUGCAGGAAAGGUUCCCCAUGAAUAUAAAGUAAGUCACAAAACGUGGAUAAAGUCAGCCCUCUUUAAACAUCGGAUAGUGCACAUGGGGGAUAAACCUUACGAGCACAAGGAAAAUGGAAAUUUCAACAAGAAGUCACAUUUCACCCAAUCUCGAAGAGCUCACUCAGGAGAAAAAACAUUCGAAUGUGCUGAAUGUGGGAAAACAUUCUGGGAGAAGUCGAACCUCACUCAACAUCAGAGGACACACACAGGAGAGAAACCUUAUGAAUGUACUGAAUGUGGGAAAUCCUUUUGUCAGAAACCACAUCUUACCAACCAUCAGCGAACACAUACAGGAGAAAAACCUUAUGAAUGUAAGCAAUGUGGAAAAACGUUCUGUGUGAAGUCAAACCUUACUGAACAUCAGAGAACUCACACAGGAGAGAAACCCUAUGAAUGUAAUGCUUGUGGAAAAUCCUUCUGCCACAGGUCAGCUCUAACUGUACAUCAGAGAACGCACACAGGAGAGAAACCCUUUAUAUGUAAUGAAUGUGGGAAAUCUUUCUGUGUGAAGUCAAACCUCAUUGUACAUCAAAGAACUCAUACAGGGGAGAAACCUUAUAAAUGUAAUGAAUGUGGGAAAACCUUCUGUGAGAAAUCAGCUCUCACUAAACAUCAGAGAACUCACACAGGGGAGAAACCCUAUGAGUGUAAUGGAUGUGGGAAAACCUUUAGUCAGAGGUCAGUACUCACUAAACAUCAGAGAAUUCACACAAGGGUGAAAGUUCUCUCAACAUCCUGAAUGUUCAGAAACCUUCAUCUACCCUUUCAAAUUCAUUAUACAAAAUUUUUAAAUGAGAUUAGUGAAACGCAAAAAACCCAAAUUACUAAAAAGUGACAUCUUAUUGUACUCAGAUAAUACUAGAAUAAAACCUUAUUCAUGUUUUAAACAUGUGAAAGCUUUCAAGAAAAAUUAAAACGUUUCAUCAGAAAAUUUGUACUGAGAGGAAAUUCAUUAAGUAAUGUAAAAAUUUUCAUCUAGAAAUUGUUGUGUAGUUUCAUAUUCCAGAUGUGAUACCAAAAUUUUAUUGUAAAUAUAAUGGGUGAUAUUCAUUUAUACCAAUAAUCACAAUGUAAUUUGAAGCUAAAAAAAUGUUGAAUGACAGCAGCAUUAAACUUUAUGUGAAGAGUCCCUAAUGUUUGCAGGCCUUAUGUGAGUAUGCCAAUAUAACAAAUUUGAGGUAUGCUUGAUUUGUAUAUCAGAGCCCAACAUGCUUUUGAAGAGAAAACAUGAACACUUAGUUAAGUAUUAUGGUCUAUAUUAAUAUUUCACACACUAAAUACCACCAGUGUCUUUAUAGGCUGACAUAAUUAUAUAUAUACAUAUAAAUGUAUUUAUACACACAGUGGUGUGAUAGCCUAAGCUCCUACUGGCUUGUGAGUACCGCUGAUUGUUAAAUUUUCAGGAAUUUUGUGAGCCAGUUGUUAAACACAGUCAUUAUUUAAAAAUUAAAUUAUAUUAAAAA